UACUUGUUGGUUCACUACGUUAAAUCCUCUCUGUCCAAGUGUCUGGACCACUUCCAACACUUGACGGGUCACCUCGCCGCAGUCGAACACGAUGACAACACCACUUCCGUUUUCUUUGACUGCAACAAUGGCAGAGCUUUGUUCGUUCACGCCGUCGUUGAUGAGGUGAGCUCUAGGGAUAUCAUCAAGCCUGUUUAUGUUCCUUCUUUUGUCGACUCGAUUUUUCCGUUGCGUGGAGUUAAAAACUGCCAAGGUACUAUCGAACCGUUAGUCGCUGUUCAAGUGACAAAGCUCGUCGAUGGGGAUUUCAUCAGUAUCUCCAUCAACCAUUCCAUCAUGGAUGGCGCAUCCUUUUUCCAUGCCUUCAGCUCCUGCUUGGAAAUCGUUAAUGGUUCCUCUAGUUUAUCGAAACCCCUGAUUUUCCAACGUUGUUUCCUUAAUAAUAAUACAAUCGACAAUUUUCAUACCAUUCGUAUUCCAAAUUCUUACAUCAAUCAAGCCGAUGAUGCUCCAUCAGACGUCAAAGUGAAAGUUUUUCAUUUCACCAAGGAGGUUAUCGCAAAGCUUAAAGAGAAAUCCAAUGUUGAUGUUGGCAUUAACGACGAGAUCUCCUCUCUUCAAGCUCUACUCUGUCACUUAUGGCGAUCCAUCGUUUUCAACAAGAAGAUUGACCCCGAUCAAGAAACCAGCUAUUGCUUGCUGAUCGAUGCUAGGAAACAGAUUCGGGGUCUGUCCGAAGCAUACUUCGGGAAUGCUUUGCAAAUCGAGACCGUAACUAUGAAAGUCAAGGAGCUGCUAAUGUCACGGGACAAUGGACUCGGCAACGCGGCGUGGCAAAUGAACAAGUUGGUGGCUUCCUGCCACGAGGAAAAGCUUAGAAAUUUCUUUGAAUGUUGGAAACGAUGUCCUAAGCUAACUAGAUUGAGCAAUCUAGUGCCAAAUAUCGCUGUGGUGACGAGCGGUUCACCUCGAUUCGAUAUCUAUGGGGGCAACACCGAAUUGGGAAGGCCGGUGGCAAUACGGAGCGGGCCAGGGAACAAGUUCGAUGGGAGGGCCACGGUGCAAUCUGGGAAGGAAGACGGAAGCAUUGACAUUGAAGUUUGCCUUCCAGUGGAGACAUUUGAAGCCAUGGAAAAGGAUAAGGAGUUUAUGGAUACUGUUAGCAUCAAGUCUUAAUUAAAGUCGUAACAAUUCAAGGGUGUUUCCCUCCAUCGAUCAUACAUGGGGCAUGUUGUUUGUUAAGACGGGGGUGACGUAUAUGUGUUGGCUUAUGGAGUGUUUGGUUAUAAUGAUUUUCUGUUGUGUUCAAUGUUGGGAGAUUCAUGUUGCGUGACUUUAAUCUGCAGCAAACUCAU